CAAAUUUUUAUUUCUGAAAUAAUGUCGGAUGAUAAUGUAAAUAUUAUCCAGGAAAUAAAUAAAUUAAAUUUGGAGUUAAAAAAGAAAUUGGAAGUAAUAUCAAAAUGGAGAGUCGAAUGCGCUCAAUUGCAACUAGAAUUUCUAAAGUUGUACACUCCAGAAUGUCUUGAAAUUUUCGAAUCGCUUAAACAAAUGACUGAUAUGAGUAUCGAUUCGAAUACUAAGUUUGAUAAUCCUUAG